AUGGCCCCUGAAACCCUCCCAAAAGACCCAGAGCUCUCCGACUCCGAAAGACAACAAAUCCUAGAAGGCGACGCGAAAUUCCACCGCCUAGGCUGGAAACGCCUAACAGUCAUUUCAAUUGUCGAGGCCAUUGCAUUGGGAAGUCUAGGACUCCCAUCAGCAUUCGCCACACUAGGCAUGGUUGCUGGAGUGAUAAUGACAAUCGGCCUCGGUUUCGUGGCAAUCUACGCGGGCUACAACAUCGGCGAGACGAAACUGAAGUAUCCCCAGAUAGGACACUACGCAGACGUCGGUCGGCUGCUCUUAGGAAAUAUAGGAUCAAAGAUCUUUGUCGGUAGUUUCGUUGCACUUCUCGUUUUCGUUAUUGGAUCGCAUUGUUUGACUGGUGCUAUUGCCUUCCAGACGAUUACACAGAGUAAUGUAUGCUCUAUUGUGUUUAGUGUUGUCUCGGCUGCGAUCUUGAUGUUGCUUGCUAUCCCGCCUUCUUUUGCUGAGAUUGCGAUUCUGGGGUAUAUUGAUUUCGCGUCGAUUAUUGUUGCUAUUGGUGUUACGAUGAUUGCGACUGGAAUUCAGAGUUCUAGUGGGACUGGGGAGUUUGUUAAGGAUAUGAUUCCUUGGUCUGCAUGGCCGAAGGAGGGGAUUACCUUUUCGGCGGCUAUUGUUGCGACUAAUAAUAUUGUUUUUGCUUAUUCUUUUGCGGGUUGUCUGCCUUCUUUUAUGGAGGAUAUGCAUACCCCUGAGGAUUAUGUUAAGACGCUUUGGUGGAUGGGUGGAAUUCAGAUUGUUGUCUAUACCCUGACUGGGUCGAUUAUCUACGCUUUUGUUGGGCAGGGUGUGCAAUCGCCUGCGUUAUUGUCUGCUGGGCCUGUUAUUUCGAGGGUUGUUUUUGGUAUUGCGCUUCCGGUCAUUUUUAUCUCGGGGUCGAUCAAUACGACUGUUGUUUGCCGGUAUAUUCAUGGGAAGGUAUAUCGGGACUCGGUUGUUCGCUAUGUUAACACGAGCAAGGGUUGGAUGACUUGGCUUGGACUUGUUGUCACUGUUACAAUCCUGGCUUGGAUCAUUGCUGAGGCUAUUCCUAUUUUCUCAGAGCUGCUCUCUAUCAUCUCGGCUUUGUUUGUUUCUGGAUUGUCGUUCUAUAUUCCACCUAUUAUGUGGUAUGUGCUUUUGAGAGAGGGGGCUUGGUAUGAGAAGCACAACCUGAAGAAUGCCAUUUUAAAUGGUAUUGUGUUUGUGGUUGGAAUGAUUAUCUUUGGGUGUGGUACUUAUGCCAGUAUUGCCGAACUGAUCGAUAAGUUCCAAUCAGGGUCAGUUGGUAAGCCGUUCACGUGCUCUAGCUGA